AUGCCAAGGGAAGUUAAGUGUACGACUCAAGUGUCACAAGAUAAUCACUCUGAGGUUUUCAUGAGCCAUCUCACUCCAAAGGAAAAUGAAAAGUUGAUUAGUCUCGUAGGUCGAAGAUGUACGGUUACGGGGAAAAUUAAUGGGAAAACGGUAGAAGUUUUAUCGGACACAAGAGCCCAAGUAUCUAUUGUUUCAGCCAAAUUUUUACAAGAGAACUGUACUAAUAAAGACGUGAGUGAACUGUUAAAUUGUGACCUUACACUGAUGGCAGCCAAUGGUAACACUAUCCCUUAUACAGGAUGGGUGGAGUUAAAUUUUCAAGUUGGGGAAUCUGAAUACGCACUCCCUGUCCUAUUCCUAGUAACGAAUGAGAACGUAGAACUGCCUUUGGUAGGCUUUAACGUAAUUGAACAUUUAAUAAAGACACAUAAAUUGAAUUGUGGUGUUAUUUUAUCUAACUUUGUUGGUAUGCAAGUCGCUCUUGCUUCCGCCCUGGUAGAACUGGUAAACACUGUUAACCAUGAUGAAUUGUGUCCCGUUAAAACCCGUAAGAAAAACGUCAUAAUACCGCUAGGACAAUCUGUGAAAUUAUCAUGUAGAGCGAACACUGGUCCAAGUAAACCAACCCCUAUUCUUUUUGAAGCUGACGAGAACAGUCAGUGGCCAUCGGGCUUGGAAGUAUCAGAUACAUUGCUUACGGUGAAGGGGGGCAAAUCUAGUAGAGUUGAAAGUGAAGUACGCAAUACGACAAGGCAUGAUAUUCAGCUUAGGGUUCGUACAGUUCUUGGUCGCCUCCAAAUUGUUCAGUCAGUAGUCCCGAAAUUUUAUCCGUAA